AUGAUACUUCAAGGAUUGAGUCGUAACUUUUCAACUCUUUCCAAGGACCUUGUUGGAAUAGAAUCCCGUGUGGAGGAAAUGAUGAACAUACUUGGUAUUGGAGGGGGUAAGACAACUUUGGCAGAAGUCAUUUAUGAUAGAAUAUCUUACCAAUUUGAAGCUAGCAACUUUAUUGCAUGUAUUAGAGAAGAAACUAGAAAUCGUGGUUUAGUUUCUUUACAAAAACAACUUCUUUCUAAGCUCUUCAUGGAAAGGGCAAUACAUAUAUGGGACGAUUGUGAGGGAAUGAAUAUGAUACAGAAUAGACUAUGUUAUGAAAAAGUAUUUUUAGUCCUUGAUGAUGUGGACAGAGAAGAACAUCUAACAACAUUAGCAGGGAGCCGUGAUUGGUUUGGUCUGGGGCCUAGAAUCAUUUUAACGAGCAUAGAUAACCAUUUAUUAAAAAGACAUGGAGUGAAUUAUAUCUAUAUGGUUAAUGAGUUGAAUAAUGAUGAAGCAUUGCAGCUCUUUAGUUUGGCAGCUUUCAAGAAACCCCAUCCUGAAGAAAAUUAUGUUGAUUUAUCCAAAGGCUUUGUGAAAUAUGCUCAAGGCCUUCCUUUAGCUCUCAAAGUUUUAGGGUCCUCCUUGUUUGGUAGAGGAACAAAUGCACGGAAAGGUGCUUGGGAUCAACUGAAAGCAAUUCCUAAUAAGGGAAUUUUAGAUACACUUCAAGUCUUAGAUAACAUUUUGAUGGAUAUAUUAGAAAGUUUUGGUUACUACCCAUACCUCAAUAUUGAUAUUCUCAUGGAGAAAUGUCUUAUAACCAUCUCAUCUAAAAGGUUGAGGAUGCAUGAUUUGCUACAAAAAACUGGUCAAGAAAUAAUUUAUGAUGAAUUCCCUAAAGAGCCUGGCCGGCGUAGUAGAUUGUGGCAUUAUAAGGAUGUCCUUCACAUGUUGAAGAAUAAUACUGGAACUGACGUGAUUGAAGGCAUAGUGCUAAACUUACCUAAUCAAAAUGAGGAACGAUUAUGUAGUUUUGGGAGUUUGAAACUCUUUUAUCUUAGCGGCUCUCAAAACUUGUUGGAGACACUAGACUUCACUGGAGUCCCAAGUCUUGAGACACUAGACCUUGAAGGUUGUACAAGCUUAUCUAAGGACAUGAAUGGUGAGGGGUAUCUCGAACAAUUGUAUAAAGGUGGAACUGCUAUCAAAUUCACUAAGUUUUUCGCAGUGCCAGAGUUUGGCUCAAAUGAUGCUUGCUCUACGCAAGAAAUGUUUAUGACCAAUGAUGACUCUAUUGCAGCCUUCUAUAUUGGUUUUGAUGACAGAGUCUACUACAUUAGAUGCUUGAAUCAUGAAGAAAGUAAUUUGCAAACAAAAGGCUAUGACGUUGAAAAUAAUUGUUUUAAUCCCAAGGUAAUGUCUGGACCUUCCUUGGGAGCUGAAAUUCAAGAGUAUUUCAACAUGAGAAGUUAUGGUUCUCGUGUAACACUUCAAAUCCAUCCAAACUUAGAUAAUAAUAGUAAGUGGGAGGGAUAUAUUCAUUGUACUUUUUAUGAAGUUGAUGAUGAGGUAGAGAAUUCAGAUCCAAGGAUUUUCAAGGGCAAUCAUCCUGAUCACGGCCAGUUUGUUGAGUUUGUUUAUCAUUUUGAGACUAAUGAAGGUCCCUAA